AUGACCAAGUUAAAGCUAAACGUAAUCAUUAUUCCAUUGAAUUCUGCAAAUGAAUCAACUAGCGAGAUAGACCCAUUGGUUUGUAAGCGUUUUCUACAUUUGGAAGAUCCAACAAUCGAUCUUAAUGAACUUAAAGAACGAAUUGAAACUAGAUGCCAAAGGCUAUACCCAGAUGAGGAUAAGAUCCUGAUUGAAGGAUUUCAAGAUACCCAUCUUUGCGAUUUGGAUCCUGAUUAUUGUAUUUCUGACGUGUUUCUGCCAGGUGAUAUUUUAAGAGCUAUCAUCAGGAAUCAAUUUAAAAGCCAGAGCCUAUCAAUAUCGAAUACAAGCUUGCAAGGUACGCGGAGUCCACCUCUUCUACAGGAGCCAACAAUUAUCACUGGUGCUACUGAGAUUCCAGGAAGUCACAAACGUAGUCAAGAACUUUUUGAUAAUAGUGACAACGAUGAUUCAGCUAAACACUCAACAACAAAUAACGACGUGCCAUCAUUCCCACAACCUAGAGAACACAUAUUCUCUGCUCGAGAACCUUUAAAACCACGAGCAAUAAAAGUUCCAAGAAAGAAAAAGCGGGAAUCCGCAUCGCCUUCCAAUGAUAAAGGUAGUGGAGGCUCAACAGCACCAGACGUGGUAUCUAUACCUGGAUGUUCUCCAAUAAUUUCCAUGUCUACUCCAUCCUCCUCAAAUAGAUUUGAACAAGCUCAGAACAGCCAAAUGUCAUGUCAAUCCACUGAGACCACCCAAAGUAUAAUUCCAGCCACUCAGCCCCAAACAAGAAGAUAUGCCCCUGGUAAUACAUUUCACUCUAUUGUUUCAGCUUUACCAAACUUUCAAUACGACAGUGCAACAUAUACUUAUAAUUAUAAAGGUCAUGAUGUUCUUCUGAUAAUUGAGACCAUUGAACAUAUUCUGCUUUGGUUCAGUCCUAGUUAUAGAGCUUGUCGAUUCCCGUGCAACAAAUACUCUGAAGGAUGUCGUGCUUAUAUAAGCUUGCUGAAUGACGAAACACCAGAAUUAGAAUGGAAAUACGAUCAUAAUCAUGAUUGUUUGUCAGAUCAAUACUUUGUUGAUAACAAUGAAGAGUUAAAGAUGCAAAAAUUUAUACUUGAACACUAUCUAGAAUUGGACUGGGAAGAUCAGAGAAUAAAGUAUUGUGAAAAUUUCAAUCGAAGCAAUUUGUUAACUUUUGAACUGUGUUAUG